AUGGAAAGACAGCUUAAACGAAGUAGUUCAUGUGACAUGAAACAGCUUGAUAAUGGGACAUUUUUGGCUAUGACCUCAGAAGGUUUGCUUCAAGUUACCUCUCACACUUGCGAGUGUUUAUUUAGAAAAUCGACAGGGCUUCCCUGCAGACACAUUUUUAAAUGCAGAUCUUUAAUGUCUUUGUCUUUAUUCGAUGUUAAUUUGUGCCUAUCUAGAUGGUCUAGAUCCUAUUGUGAAAAAAUAAUCAAUGACUGUGAAGCCAUUCGUCCACUUGCACCUUUGCACGAUUUAGUUAAUAACUAUGAUGGCAAUAAUGAAGGGGGUCAUCGUGUAAAAGUGUUGCAAGCAAUAAAUCAAAAACCAAGGUAUUUGAGUAAUCACGAAAAAUUCAAUAUAAUGCAAAAGGAAGGAAGAAAAAUAGCAGAAUUAUGCAGUGAGGUAUCAACUGAUAUUUUUUAUAAAAGACUAAAUAUAAUUCAAACUAUCGGAAUGAAUUGGGCUGACCAUCAAGAUUCAGUAAUCUUAAAAUUAUUUAACAAUUUAACAGAAAAUAGUAAUCAAUUAUUAGAAUCGCAAUUGAUACAAUCAACAACGGAAACAGAACUACAAAUACAAACAAAUGAGAAUUUUAUUCAGAAUGAAGAAUUUCGACAAACAAACACGCAAAACGCAAUUAAUCAAAUAGAAAUUAAUAAUAAUGGUGCUGGAAAUGAAGAUAUUAUUGAAGAGUUUCUAAUUGGUAAAGAUGGAGAGCUUAUAUCAAUUUCCAAUUGCAAUGGGGAAACAACACUAGAGUCAGUGACUACGAUCAGUAAAAAAGAUGAUACCUUUAACCAAAAUAAAGUGGCCACCGAUAAAUCUAUGACAGAUAUACUUUUUUUCCAAGAACAUAUUAUUACCAGUGACACUAAUUCUUCUAAUUCUGCUAGUAAAGAAAAUAAUAGUUUCAUUACUUCAACAAAGUUCCAUGAAGUCGAAGUUCAAAAUGAAAAAAAUAGAUCUACCGAAGAAGUAAAUACUAUUUGCGUUUCAGAAUUCGAUUCUGGUAUGAAGGAAGGCCUAGAUGUUAACAUAACAUGCAAUAACUUACUUAAUUCUACCAAUAUUUCAAUUGAAUCCGUUGAACAUCAGAACAAUGAAAAACAAGAUCAAAUUCAAGAAACCACAUCAGAUAUAAACCUGCAAAACAUAAAAAUGCCAUCGAAAAUUAGGAAACGGGGACGUCCAAAAGGAUUUGGAAAUACCGUUAUUGGCCUUAAAAAGUCCAGAAAAAAAGCAAAUACAUAA